AGUGUAUAAACAGUGCGAAUUCAAGCGUAAUAUGUUGUGCCGGUAAAAUUAUUUUUUUCAUAUAAAUAUUAAUAAAAAUAUGGAAAUAACACUUGCAAUAAUUAAACCACAUGUUGUACGUAAUACUGUCGCGCUCAGAAAUCUUAAAAAUCUCAUUGGGAAGAAUUUUACUAUUCUCGAUUCCAAGCAAGUUCACAUAACCAAGGAAUUGUCUGAACGUUUUUACAAUGAACAUAAAGGAAAAUUUUUCUACAAUCGCCUAAUGACGUUUAUGAUAAGUGGUCCAAGUUAUGCGCUCAUUUUGCAAUCACAAGACUGUAUACAAAAGUGGCGCAACUUGAUGGGUCCUACUAAAGUAUAUAAAGCUGUUUAUUCUCAUCCUGAUUGUAUACGUGCUUUAUAUGGUUUGUCAGAUACGCGAAAUGCCUGCCAUGGCUCAGAUAGUGAACAAUCUGCAUUACGUGAAAUAUCAAUACUUUUCCCAGAAUUUAAAGCAACAGAAAUCGUUAUGAACAAUUGAGACUUUUUUGUUGUUGCACUGAAAAAUACGCUAACAGCUGUUUUCGAUAGUGUUGGAAAACGAUUAUUGCUAAAUUGUGGGGCUUGCAUAUAUAAAUGUUCUGUUAAAUGAAUGAGUUAUAUUUUUGAAUUCAAAACAGCAUAAAAUAUAAUUAUUGUACGUGUAUAUAGAUGUGUUAUUUCAACAUUUUUGCGCUAUAUUUUUACAGAGAAAAUAAUUGUUCUAUUACUUGUAUAUAAUUAUUAAUCUUAAAUUAUUUAUUCACACUGAGUUAUUU